AAUCACGACAUACUACAAUUUUUAUUCUAGAGAUUUUUUUUGUCUUAUUGUUAUUCUGUUAGAUUUAUAUAACUAAUCAUAUAUCACAGAAAUCAUUCUCUGAAUAAGCAUUUAUGAUUUUAAUAGACCACUUGUAACUUUUUUGUGUCUAAAUUAGUUGCAUUUUAAAAUUUAAUUUAUAAAAAAUCUCAACUAUUAUAUUAUUCCGGCUGGUGCUUUUUUUUCGUAAUGGAAUUUCAUUUAAAAAUGGAUAACAGAAAAUAUGGAAGCAUGUCCUCAGUUGAUUGGAAUUCUCAACAAAGGGUGUUGUUUCUUCAGACACAGCAUGCUGAAACUUUAAAAGAGCUCCACAGCGAAAUAACGAAAUUACAAAAGAGGUGUUCAGAAUUAACAUUCGAGUUGGCAAUGAAAUCAACAAGUACAUCCCAAGAAGAUUCUCUAUCAGUAGAAGUAUCACAACUCAAGAAAACUUUAGCCGAUCGGAAUACCUAUAUUAAUCGUCUCGAGACAGAAAUCAAACAAGAUCGCCUCAACUGGAAGAAUUUAGAGAAUGAAUUUCGUGAUACAAUUCGAAAAUAUAAAUUAGAAUUGGAAAAUCGAGAAAAAACUGCCCAAGAAUUGAGAUUACUCCUUCAAAAAAAGUCUGAUGAACUAGUUUCUAUGACGAUGAAAAAAGAACCACGAAGUCCAAUAAUGCCAUCUCCCCCUGUAACAGGAAAUCGAAGAAGAUUAAGUAUUGAUUCUAGGAGCGAAAGGGAAUGGAUGAAAAGUAGUUAUGUUCCUGACCCUAAACCUUUCCUGCAGCGAAAAGAGAAAUUAGCAAACGUAAGAUGCCUUCCAAAAUCUGCUCAAACAGUUUUACCGCCUAUAGCAAAAAGAAAUGAAACAAAACCGUCCACAAGCCCAUCCAAUUCAGCCAGAAAAUGA